CCUCCCUACUUGGUUUUCGUCGCUCCCUCUUCCUCAUCAUCUUCUUCACCUUACCCAUCCGACCAGAACUCAAACAAAAACCAAACCUUGGAACCAAACACUUUUGGACACAGUAAACAUUUCUCCGUAAUUUCCUUUCCCCCUAAACCCUUCCCAUAAAUCCUCAACUCUAAACCCACCACAUGUCAAUCACCUACCGAAUUCAGCUUCACAGGAACUGAACUCAAAGCCAACAACUCAAAGCCAUCGUUUCUACAUCUCCCACUUCAGCAAUGGCUGUAGCUCUAUCAGCCUCAGCAUCUCCAUUAACAUCAAAGUUAGUUCCAGCCAAAACCCUCUUCACAUUUCCACCAAAACACUCCCACCCUCUCACUCCCCAAGCCAAACCACCCCUAUUCAAUUCUAAUGGACUCACAGAGCUUCAAUCUUUACGACCAGUAGCCCCUAGUCUCAAAGCUUCUCCUCCUGGAGUUUCAUCUCAUGGGUUUGAGGAAGAUGAGGUGUUGUCAAUUUUCGAGGAGAAACCGGUCAAGUUUGGGCUUUGGGUGUUGUUUUGGGCCUCUGUUUCACUUGCUUGGUUUGCGGCUUCCGGGGAUGCCAAUGCUGCUGCUGCUGCUGAUUCGAUCAGAGCUUCUUCUUUUGGUGUGAAGAUUGCGAAUGCGCUUCGGGGUUUGGGCUGGCCUGAUGAGGCUGUGGUGUUUGCAUUGGCUACGCUUCCGGUGAUUGAGCUUCGUGGGGCUAUUCCUGUUGGCUAUUGGCUGCAACUCAAGCCUGUUAUGCUUACUGUUCUGGCUGUUCUUGGGAACAUGGUUCCUGUGCCGAUCAUCAUACUUUACUUGAAGAAAAUUGCAACUUUCCUUGCUGGAAAGAAUGAGGCUACAUCUCGGUUGCUUGACUUAUUGUUUGUGAAGGCUAAAAAGAAAGCUGGCCCUGUAGAGGAGUUCCAAUGGCUUGGUCUGAUGUUGUUUGUAGCUGUCCCUUUCCCGGGAACAGGAGCAUGGACAGGAGCUAUUAUAGCAUCUAUUCUUGAUAUGCCAUUUUGGUCAGCAGUGUCCGCAAAUUUCUUUGGUGUUGUAUUGGCUGGGCUUCUAGUAAAUUUGCUGGUGAACCUUGGUCUCAAAUAUGCUGUUGUCACUGGUAUUGUACUCUUCUUUAUUUCUACAUUCAUGUGGAGCAUCCUUAGAAAUCUUAAGAAGUCCUUAAGCUCAUCAACUUGACAUGACAUUGGAAAUUUUGAAGUAAUCCUAUCUGUCUCGUGGGUUUCCCUGGUGACUCUGAAUGUUUAGACUGUCAUGCAUUCUCCAUUGACUCAUCGCAUGUUUUUGAGUUUUUCUUUGUCACUGCAUAAUUGGAAUCACUACACAUGCCAUUGAGAUCUAUAAAUGUUUUCCGAUACUGGCAUACAUGCUGUAGAAGAUCUAUGAAUGUUUUGUGAUACCAUAAACAGAGAUGGAGUAAUAUGAGAGUCACGAGAUGCAUCUUUCUCUCAAACAAGUUAUUCCUACCUAGCUGGAUAUAGGUUACUGUAGCUUGAGUGUGACUA